CUCAACUAUCAAUAUCAUUACAAAAAAAAAUGGAUCUUCAAGCUUCAUUUUGCUUCAUUUUCUUCACCUUCACUCUUGUUUUCUCUUUGUUCUCUUUGUCACUCUUCAUCAUCCGGUACAACCCGUGUUGUAACUGCGACGUCUGCUCCGCGUUCAUUACGCGGAGCUGGACGUCGGAGUUUACCAAUCUUUCAGAUUGGUAUACCCACCUUCUUCGCAAAUCCCCCACCGGGACGAUCCACGUUCACGUGCUUAACAACAUCAUUACCGCGAACCCGGAUAACGUCGAGUACAUGAUCAAAACUAAUUUCGAUAAUUACCCGAAAGGCAAAGCGUUUUCCACCAUCCUCGGAGACCUUCUCGGCCGAGGUAUCUUUAACGUCGACGGCCAUUGCUGGCGGUUUCAGAGAAAACUUGCGAGUUUGGAGCUCGGAAGUUUAUCGAUUCGAUCUCACGCGUUAAACAUAGUGACGGACGAGAUACAAUCAAGAUUAAUUCCGUUUUUCACAACGGUUGAGGACCAAAACGACACACAGGAUGUCGUUUUGGACCUACAAGACGUUUUUAGAAGGUUUUCUUUUGAUAGCAUAUGCAAAUUCUCAUUUGGGUUGGACCCGGGUAGUUUGAAACCAAAUCUACCCGUGUCUGAACUCGAAUCCGCGUUCGACUUGAGCUCGAAGCUCUGUGCCGAACGCGGGUUGGCGCCGUCGCCAGUAGUAUGGAAACUAAAGCGGCUUUUUAACAUCGGAAGCGAAAAAGAGCUAAAAAAAUCUAUUAAUGUUGUGAAACGAAUGGCGGGUCGGGUCAUCAAGGAGCGUAGAGAAAACGGGUCGGGUUCGGUUACGGGUAACGAUUUGUUAUCAAGAUUUAUGGGGUCAAUAAGUGAUGAUGAUUACCUAAGAGAUAUCGUGAUCAGCUUUCUUUUAGCGGGUAGAGACACGGUGGCGUCAGCGUUGACCACUUUUUUCUUGUUACUCUCAAAAAACCCGAAAGUGUUGGAAAAGAUCCGAGAAGAGUCGGAUCGGGUCAUCGGGUCGAACCGCGACACGCUUCCGAGCUUCGGAGAGUUACAAGAUUUGCAUUACUUGCACGCGGCGUUGCACGAAAGUAUGCGCCUAUACCCUCCGGUUCAAUUCGAUUCGAAAUUCGCAAAAUACGACGAUGUGUUGCCCGAUGGGACGUUUGUAAAGCGAGGGAGUCGGGUGACGUACCACCCGUAUGCAAUGGGUCGGAUGGAGCGGAUAUGGGGUCCGGAUGCGAUGGAGUUUAAACCCGAGAGGUGGAUCCGAGACGGGGAGUUUAAGCAAGAGAGCGCGUAUAAGUACCCGGUUUAUCAAGGGGGGGUUAGGGUGUGUUUAGGGAAAGAAAUGUCAUUAGUGGAAAUGAAAAGUGUUGCACUUGUUUUGGUUAGGAGGUUUGAUGUUAGAGUGGUGGAUCCGGACCGGAUAUUGCGGUUUGCGCCGGGGCUUACCGCUAGCGUGAGCGGCGGGCUUCCUGCGGUGGUUCGGCGGAGAGAGGUGUUGUAGUGUGGUGGUAGUUUUGUAUGUAUAGAUGUGGUGAAGAGUGUGUGUUUCAAGUGUAAUGCUUGCCAUCAGCCCAUCCUGAUGUUGCAUUUUUGUAUAUAGAAUUAUGUUUAGUGACGAG